AAAUCAUGAUUCACCAAAGCCUUAGGGAAUAGACAAGCUUGCUGUUAACAUUGUCUCGGAGGAUAACGUUGUUGUCUGUACCAUUUUCCAGUGUUCAUUACUGUGUUUCUGUCACUAGGAUUACCAUCUUCACCAAUACUCAAUGGCUUCUUCUUUUCCUCUUUAUCAACCAACACCAUGCUUCUUUUCAAAUACCCAGUUCAAAGGUUUGCGCCAUGGCUGUUUGUGGCGACCCACUUACUCCUUUGCCUCUUCUGCUCAAAACAAAGUAAAACCUGUUCAAUCUUCGGUUGAUGCUGCCCCAUUUCCCUUGUUACAGCCACCUCAAGUUGAAGAAUCAUCCUCUGAGUUGGAGCCUGUGGAUCCUGAUUUCUACAAGAUAGGAUUCGUCCGAAGCAUGCGAGCUUAUGGAGUUGAUUUUAAGGAAGGGCCAGAUGGUUUUGGUGUGUAUGCUUCUAAAGAUGUUGAACCUCUUCGCCGACCAAGGGUUAUAAUGGAAAUUCCUCUUGAAUUGAUGCUAACCAUAAGCAAGAAGCUCCCAUGGAUGUUUUUCCCUGAUAUAAUUCCCCUUGGCCAUCCAAUAUUUGAUAUUAUCAACUCGACAAAUCCAGAGACAGAUUGGGAUUUAAGAUUAGCAUGCCUUCUCUUGUUUGCGUUUGACUGCAAAGACAACUUUUGGCAGUAUUACGGCGAUUUCUUACCAAGUGCAGAUGAGUGCACUAGCUUACUUCUAGCUACUGAGGAGGAACUUUUGGAGCUGCAGGAUCCCGAUCUUGCCUCUACUAUGAGAACUCAGCAACAACGAGCCUUAAAAUUCUGGGAGAAGAACUGGGUAAAGAGAAAAUUGUCCUUGUUCAAAAUUCAUAGUGGUGCGCCCCUAAAAGUAAAACGUCUUGCUCGUGAUUCUCAAAGGUUCAUUUGGGCUGUAGGAAUCGCACAGUCACGAUGUAUCAACAUGCAAAUGAGAAUGUGUGCACUAACUCAAGAUGCAAAUAUGCUGAUUCCGUAUGCCGAUAUGCUGAACCAUUCUUUCGAGCCGAAUUGUUUUUUCCAUUGGCGUUUUAAGGACAGGAUGCUUGAGGUUCUUAUAAAUGCUGGACAACAUAUUAGAAAGGGAGAUGCGAUGACAGUUGAUUACAUGAGUGCACAGAAGAAUCACAUGUUAAUGCAAAGAUAUGGAUUUUCAUCGCCAGUGAAUCCUUGGGAUGUGAUCAAAUUCUCAGGCAAUGCACAAAUCCAUUUGGAUUCCUUCUUGUCAGUCUUCAACAUAUCUGGUCUUCCUGAAGAGUAUUAUCGUAACGAAGUUCUAUCAAACGCUGGAGAUACUUUUGUCGAUGGAGCAGUCAUAGCUGCAGCACGAACAUUGCCGACGUGGUCAGAUGGAGAUUUGCCUCCAAUCCCAAGUACAGAAAGGAAGGCUGCAAAGGCAUUACAAGAAGAGUGCAAACAAAUGCUUGCAGAAUUUGCUACCACCUCUAAACAAGACCAGAAAUUUUUAGAUUCAUCACCAGAAUCGACGAGAACUCUUGAUGCUGCAAUAAAGUACAGAUUGCACAGAAAAUUGUUACUGGAAAAAGUUAUCCUAGCAUUGGAGAUCUAUCAAGAACAAAUACUGUUCUGAUUUCAAUCUACUAAUUGUACAAUAGCCAUGAAAAUUUUGUAACAUUGUUGUGUCUGUAAUCCUGUAUCACUAGUUUAGCCAAUGGUCUCAGAUUCUAUUGCCAUAUUAUUCAAUUUGUUGUAUCAGAAAAGUGUAAAAGUGUAGUUGUAUGAUAACUAUAAACUGAUCAAAGGACCUUAUUAACUGUUCACUAGAUUAAAAGUAUAACUCCUUGAGUUCUCUUUGAAUAUGUACAAUUUUUCAAAUCUA